AUGGAAGACCUCAAAUCCCUGAGGAUGAAGAAACAAAUGCUCCUCAUAGAGCUAUCAGCAAUCGAACAAAAAAUCAACUUGUAUGAACAAGUAACAACGGUCACCGAUGUACCGGAAAGCGAAAGCUUAAAAACAAAGGCUAUUCCAGUGCAAACGGUAUCUGGUAAAGAAACAACAAAUCCGUUGAAAGCUGAUGCUUUGCUUAAAAGCAUAAUAAAGGAGACAGCUACUCCUCUUCCAGAAGGAAAAACUAGCUUGUUGGUUAAUUCCAACCCUUGUACUGAAGGAAUCAGUAAAAUGACAAUUUUGUCACCCACUAACGAAUCUGUGCAGGAGCUUAAACCAGAUUACAAAAAGGCUCUUAACAAAGAAGCUGAAAGAUUCUAUGUAAUCUACAAAGGGCCACACGCCGGAAUACAUACAGACUGGGGGAUUACAGAGACCUUCUGCAAGGUCGAUAAAGUAACAUGCAAAAAGUUCAGAAAUGAAACAAGUGCACGACUUAGUUUUGCCACCUUCAAUGACGAAGCCAAUCAAACCAAAAAUCCUCUUCUAAAGCCGAAAGUUCGGAAGAUCAAAGAAGAACUCAGAGACCAAAGAUUUGACAUCCCAAAUGACGUCGAAUAUGAAGCCAACAACCCUGCAAUCUCCUUUGAAGAUUUCAGAAUAAUCUGGAGCAAAGCUAGAGCGACAUGCCCAGAAGAUCUUAUCCAUGAGAGAUUUUUCACAACAGAUAAGAAAACCAAAAGUCUGUACAACUUCCUUGAAGGAGCGGAUCCAAGAUUAAUCCAACAAGCCUUUUCAGCAGGAUUAAUAGACAACAUCUAUCCAAGCUGCAAUUUGCAAGAACUAAAGUUCUUCCCAUCCAGCAUGAUAGAAACCAUUAAGAACUUCCGAAAGAAAGUUCUCAAAGCAAGAGAUGAUCCAAUUUAUAUCAGAGUCAUCUCCUCUCUUCCAGAUUGGAUUCAAGGAGCAACACUUGCCCCUUAUCACUAUCUAGAAAUUGGCUUAGCAAAAGCCAAAAAAGACAUCGAACAAUCUCGACCAACGGAAGACAAAGAUCUCCCGUUCGAAGAAAUCCUUCAUCAAAAUCGUAUCAACGGCCUUAGAAGAAUUUCUGAAAAGAUCAUUGAGAUAAUCUCAAAGAUCAAAGAAAAAAGUUAA